UGUCAGGGAAGCGGCGCGCGGCGGCGGGGGCGGGCUGAGGCUCCAACGCGGAGUGCCAGCGCCAGCACCAGUCCCGCGCCCCGCGCUCUCCGGCCCGCCGCCUUGCGUUCUGGCUCGCCAGCCCGCACUCCCGCCCUGCCCGUGCGCUGCCCGAGUAUGGAGCUGCUGUGCUGCGAGGGCACCCGGCACGCGCCCCGGGCCGGGCCGGACCCGCGGCUGCUGGGGGACCAGCGGGUCCUGCAGAGCCUGCUCCGCCUGGAGGAGCGCUAUGUGCCCCGCGCCUCCUACUUCCAAUGUGUGCAAAGGGAGAUCAAGCCGCACAUGCGGAAGAUGCUGGCGUACUGGAUGCUGGAGGUGUGUGAGGAGCAGCGCUGUGAGGAGGAAGUCUUCCCCCUGGCCAUGAACUACCUGGAUCGCUACCUGUCCUGCGUCCCCACCCGCAAGGCGCAGUUGCAGCUCCUGGGUGCGGUCUGCAUGCUGCUGGCCUCCAAGCUGCGCGAGACUACGCCCCUGACCAUCGAAAAACUGUGCAUCUACACGGACCACUCUGUCUCUCCCCGCCAGCUGCGGGAUUGGGAGGUGCUGGUCCUGGGGAAGCUCAAGUGGGACCUGGCCGCUGUGAUUGCCCAUGAUUUCCUGGCUCUGAUUCUCCACCGGCUCGCUCUGCCCCGUGACCGACAGGCCUUGGUCAAAAAGCACGCCCAGACCUUUUUGGCCCUCUGUGCUACAGAUUACACCUUUGCCAUGUACCCGCCAUCCAUGAUCGCCACGGGCAGCAUUGGGGCUGCAGUGCAAGGCCUGGGUGCCUGCUCCACAUCUGGAGAUGAGCUCACGGAGCUGCUGGCUGGGAUCACAGGCACUGAAGUGGACUGCCUGCGGGCCUGUCAGGAGCAGAUCGAAGCUGCCCUCAGGGAGAGCCUCAGGGAAGCCGCCCAGACCUCCCCCAGCCCAGCGCCCAAAGCCCCCAGGGGCUCCAGCAGCCAGGGGCCCAGCCAGACCAGCACUCCCACAGAUGUCACAGCCAUCCACCUGUAGCCCUGGAGAGGCCCCCUCGAGUGGCCACCGACAGCGGAGGAGGGGACACUGCCACCCCCUCUCCUCCCUGCCUGCAGGAACGAACCAUGCCACAGCCGAAGCCCGAGGGGGCUCCUUCUCACUCGCCCCUCGCAAGCCGAAGGGCCAGGUCCUACCUAUCCUUGCAGCGUGCACUAAGGGCCCAGCCGGCUGUGCUGGUGGCCAGUCAGGCUCCUCCUUCUCCCCGCAUCUGACUCUGCUCCUUCCCAUUCCACUAGGGGUGGGCCAGACUGGCCAGAGAUGAAAUUGCAGUAGGUAAAAUACAUGCACCAGCAUUCCUUCUGGGGGGCCCCCAUAUCCUGGGGCUCUCGUGUUCUCGACUGCCAAAACCCUCUGAUGCCUUGUAAAGGUGCUGCACCCUCUAGUUACUGCAUUUGGAUUGGAGUCUUUCUGCAGAACCUUCAGAUGGUGAGAGGAGAGUCUGGACAAGUCCUCGAAAGGCACUUGGAGGCCCCUGAGUAAUCCAUGUCCCCAGCUGCUCGUGGGGGAGGGGCCCCAGCUUCUGUCCGACUCCCUUGCUUGGCUUUUUGCUCAGCUUCUCCUGUGUGAUUUGGGGGCCGGGGGGAGAAGGUCAGUGCUAAAGGAAGAGGUUUUAAUUUAUUAAUUGCUUUAAGUACAACUAUAAGAAGGUGUGGUGGGCCCCUCUACCCCGAGCGGUGGUAACCCUGGUGGUUGCUGCAUCCCUCCCCUCUGCUGCUGCUGGCUCGAGGAUCUUUGUGGCCAAGGAGCUGCUACAGCCUGGGAAGGGCCGUGCCCUCCUCUCCCUCUGGCCCAUCCUCGGGGUGGGGGGGGGUGAAGCAGGGAUGACCUGGAGGUGACGGCCCCCGACUGGAGAGGGAGGCAAGCCCUGUUGACACAGGUCUUUCCUAAGGCCACAAGGUCCAGGCUGGUGGCCCAGGACCAUCAUGCUAUGUUAAUAAAAAUUCUGGAAUAAAA